CCUCCAGCCGGGCCUGUCCGCGCGGCCCGGUGCAGCCUGCGGAUCCACCCCGGGAAGGUCCGGGGUGCAGCGAGCAAGGCCGCGGACCAGCCUCUCCCUUCCGCUCCUCGCCCCACGAUGGCCGGCGGGCGCUGGGGCCCGCUGCUGCUCAGGGCGCUCCUAGCCGCUGGGGUGGUGGUGGCGGCGGCGGCCGCGGAGGAGGAGGAGGCCGCGCCCCAGCAUGCCGUGCCGUCGGCCGAGCAGAGCAUGGUGCUCCCCAUGACUGCCGCCAACUGGACGCUGGUGAUGGAGGGCGAGUGGAUGCUGAAAUUUUAUGCUCCUUGGUGUCCAUCCUGCCAGCAGACUGAUUCGGAAUGGGAGACAUUUGCAAAGAAUGGUGAACUCCUUCAUAUCAGUGUGGGGAAGGUCGAUGUCAUUCAAGAACCAGGUUUGAGUGGCCGCUUCUUUGUCACCACUCUCCCAACAUUUUUUCAUGCAAAGGAUGGGAUAUUCCGUCGUUACCGUGGCUCAGGAAUCUACGAAGAACUGCAGAAUUAUAUCUUAGAGAAGAAGUGGCAAUCAGUUGAGCCUCUGACUGGCUGGAAAUACCCGGCUUCUUUAACGAUGUCUGGAAUGGCUGGCCUUUUUAGCAUCUCUGGCAAGAUAUGGCAUCUUCACAACUAUUUCACAGUGACCCUUGGAAUGCCUGCUUGGUGUUCUUAUGUCAUUUUCGUCAUAGCCACCUUGAUUUUUGGCCUUCUUAUGGGUCUGGUUUUGGUAUUAAUAUCAGAUUGUUUCUAUUUGCCAUUUCCAAGGCAUGAAUCUGAACAUUCCGAGCAGAGUCGGAAGUCAGAGGAGGCUCAUAGGGCUGAACAGUUGCUGGAUGCAGAGGAUGAAAAAGAUGACUCAAAUGAAGAAGAAAACAAGGACAGCCUUGUAGACGACGAGGAAGAGAAAGAAGACUUUGGUGAUGAGGACGAACCAGAGGAAGACGAGGAGGAGGACAACCUGGCUGCUGGUGCGGAUGAGGAGACGACUGAUACCCAGGACCAGGGGCCCCUGAGGGAGCCCCUGGAGGACAGAGGACCCACUGAGCCUGAGGAACAUGCCCCUGGGCAGCCUCGUCCAUCUGACACGGAAGACACAUUGAGGCAGCGCAAAAGUCAGCAUGCUGAUAAGGGACCUUAGGCUCACAGACUGUAUCCAAGAACAUAGGAGAAAGGAGUGUGCGGCUUCCCUGUGUCGGCAGUCUAAACCAAAAUCCUCAUUGUUUCUUGAGCAAGCUUCUCUUAAAAAACCAUCUUAGUCAUGUAGUCUCGGCAUUAAGCCCAACGUGUAUUAAUGAGUAUCAUUCACGCAUGACAAUCAGGAUGUGUGGUCUUAGGAUAUGCUUGGGGGUUGGGGAUGGGCACACGUACAUCUACUUUGGGCGAGAGAGUUUUGACCAGAGGUAGGGAUGCCCAGCCCUCAUGAGGACUGUUCAUUGACAGGGCCGCAGGCCCCAUAAAGUGAAAGCAAAGCAGCUGAGCAACCUCGUGUGUAGCGGGAGUCUUGCUUCUCGUGUUAAGUUACUUUUGUCAAACUAUAACAAACACCAGGCACCGUAGUACUGGGCCCCUUUUUUAGAGAAAUGGAGAGGGCCCUGGAUUAUUGUAGAAAAGAGCUUGGCACUUGUUUUGACUCUAAAUCUCCAUUGUUAUGUCUUAUUUCUUACCUGUCCCAUUUCCAGCUCUCCUGCCAGGGCCUGCAGGCUCCCCACACUUCACAUUGCUUCCUAGUGAGAGGGCCAGAUAGCAGCCGGGCUGACAUCAGGUGCGUUUAGAGGAUUUAAGGGGUUAGGUAAUCAAAAACUUCAGCUCAAAUGCAGCAUUGUAACCUUUGGGGAUUCAAAAAGCAGUAGGGAUUUUACAGGAGACAUUUUUUCUUUCUUUCAAAAUGUAGUAAUUCCCCCCCCCCCAAAAGUCCCCUCAGCAAUAUUCUUUCCCAACCUGGAAGUCUCCUAAGUCUUGCCAGUACAAGGUAGUCUUGUGAAGAAAACUUGAAUACUGUGUUGUUUUGUUUUCAUCUCAAGGGGUUCCCUGGCCUUGAACCACUUUAAUAAUAAUAUUUCUGGUUCUCCUUCUGUGAUGUGCUUUUGGUGAAGGAAUUAAUGAAAGUGAGUAUCUGGAAAUGAAAGAUUUGGUUUCAUUUCCUUCUUUCUUAAUCUUGUAAAGAAUUUUAUCCCUGUAAAUCUCUCAGUGCUCAAUCUACUAAAAGUACCCAGGAGGCCCAGUUUCUUUUUAAAAAAAUCCAUCCAUCUACUUCUGUCUUACCUCUGAUUUAUGUUUUAGAGUAAAUUCAUAAAAUUAGAUUCCAAGCUUAUGAAAGAUGACUAAAGUUGAUUCUACACCCCUUGAGUCGAGACAGAAUAAUAAGUAGUGCAGGCUUAUGAAAUUUAAAAGUUUCUGUCAUUUUAAAAAAGAAAUAUGCAGUGUACUCUUAUCUGGCUGUUUAGAUAACCCUUUUCUUCCAUUAACUUUGAACACGGGAUCACGGGCGGGAGGGAGCGGUUCUGAAACUUGCUCUCUUUCUGUGCUUGAAUGAGCCUGUUGCAAACUCACACAAAGGGGGUUUUUAUUCUGCCAGAAUCUAAUUUUUAGAGAUGGUUAUUUUUCAUCUUUCCAAUUCAGUUACCUGACAGCCUCAUCCUGCAGCAUGAGAGUCACCAGAUUUUUGCCCUAGCCGGUUUGGCUCAGUGGAUAGACUGUCAGCCCACAGACUGAAGGGUCACAGGUUCAAUUUUGGUCAAGGGCCUGUACCUCGGUUGUAGGCUUCCUAGACAGGGCUCUUGUGGGAGGCAGCCAAUGGAUGUGUCUCUCACAUGGAUGUGUUUCUCUGUCUUUUCCCCUCCCGACUUUCUCUAAAAAUCAAUAGAAAAAUAUUCUCAGGUGAGGAUUACCCAAAAAAAUAAGUCACCAGCUUUUGGCGGCUGUGAAGCUGGGAGAUCCUGACCAGACCAAGGACAUCGGAUCUCAUUGUCCUCCCAGCCCUUCAACCCUUUCCCAAAGACCCUCAUAAAAUGGCUUGACAACCCUCUCCACCCCUCAAAACAAGAGUCACCAAUAAUUUUCUCUUCAGACAGCAACACGACCUCAAGUUAGAGGCUACCAGAUAACUGAGGGGUUAGGAAAAUCUUGAAUUUGCUCAUCUUCUUUCCUUCCUUAGGGCAGGUCUCUGACACAUCUUAUCCCAGAGUGCUGUUGAUCUGAUGGUUGCGGCUUCAUCUCCCUGAUCCUGGAAAGCUUUUCUGCAUCAUUGCUGAGCUGGGCCUGCCCUCCUGGCUCUGGAUUUCUUUCUCUUAUAAUCAGCUGAAUUGAGUUUUCAAAGAUCAUUAAGCUCAAGUUCAGAGCUACAGACUAAGAAAGGAUUCAGUUUGGCUUUUCUGUACCAGGUAUAAGCUCCCCUCCUUUGUAAUACAAUCAUUUAUUUUUAAAGUUGAAUAUUUGAUAAAGGGGAGGGAAUGAAGAAAUCUACUUUAACUUUUAAGAAAUGUAAGACCAAUUUCCAGUUGUACCCCAAAUAGUGGUGUGUGUGUGUGUGUGUGUGUGUGUGUGUGUGUAUGUAUAUAUAUAUUUUUUUUUUCUUUCUCAGCAAUACUUUAAAAAAAAUGGAAUGAGCAAAGAGAAGCAUCUUGGGGAAGAAAAUUCAUUAGAAGUUUAAAAGUCUGGCUAUAAGAAUCAUUUUUUUCCUGCUUUUCUUUUCUUUUCUUUUUUUUUUUCAUUCCACCUGAGGCCUUUAGGUUGUUUUCAGUAUGACUGAAUGUAAAACUAAAGGAAAAAAGUCAAACUAAAAUAAUUUGAAAUUAACAUUUCAAUAGGAUUUUAAGGAUAUUAUAUUUAUUCCAGGAGCCAAGUGCAUGGAAACAUGAUUUUCAUUUAGAAAGUAAACAUUAACCUUGCUGUCCUAUAUUGUAAUAUCACUUAUUUACUUAUACAAUAGUAUUUUGUAUAAAUCAAAAUUAGGUGAAUUAAAAGUAACUGAGUAGUUGAAGCAGGUGCUUUUUCAUCAAUGAGGCACCUUCUACCUACCUUUUUCUUAGUUUCCUUUAUUACAUAUCUUGCUAGGUCUGUUGCACUACCCAACCUGCUUAGCGAUCUUAUAUUGAGGUAGCAAACAGGCAUUGACCAGGUUGGCUUUUGACACUGGAGAAAGCCACGUUUUUAUUUAUUUAUGGCCCAAACUCAUUGAUAGUUCUGGAGUUGCUACAUGAUUUGGAUAUAUGGGAAGCCUGCAGAGCCUGCAUCCUGUAACUUAGAAGUAGAUAAUAAAAAUGUCUUUCAGGGCAAGUACUGUAUUACUGAAUCAAGAGUGAAAAAUGGGAAACAUUAAAGAGUCAAUAAAAGGUAGACAAGCUUGGGUACACCUGAGAUUUCAGCACUUAAAUUGGCAUGAAGUGAGAGAGAGAAAGGAGAUUAGUGCUUUUGCUAAUGUAUCAAUAUCUGUCUGCCCUUUAUCUCUGUCUGCCCUUUAUCUCUGCCAGUGUUAUAAAUAUGUGGUAGACCCAUUCUGUUAAAUAUAACAACAUUUUGGAAAGUAUUCACAUCCUUUGUGCCAACAGAAAAGUUCUUUGUUUAGUAUAUUUUUACCUCAGUCCUACAUUUUGGUUCUCCUGAGAUUACAGUUUGUCUUGCAAAACCAAGAUGGAGUCAUCAAGUCUGAUGAAUCUCCAACAGCUUGUGCACAGCUUUCCUGAACCAGGAGGUUCAGUGGAAAGGCUGUGACAGCUUCAGACCAGGACUUGGCCUUCAGGUGAAGGCUUAUUCUCAGUAAAGUUUCUUGUGAACUGUGACAUUGUACUAGUCUGUGUGAGACAUACAGCUUUGAGUUGUUUCCAAUAUAGUGUAAUUGUACUUGUUACUAAAUAGCUUCUUUGUGCAAAUGCAGUUUUUAUAAUGAAAAUGCUUAUUUGUACUGAAAUACAUUAUAAAUUUAUUAUUUAUAUUCCUUGUAAUAGUCUUGAUUAUUUAGCCUCCUGUACGGAAUUAUUUUUCUCUUCAUCCAUGUGUUUACUCUUUGCCUCCUCAAAUAUUGUAGUAUCUGCAGCAGCUGGAACCAUAGGGGUUUCUAGCAGAACAUUGCCUGAAUUGCAAAGCACCUUAAUCACAGAAUUGUACAUAAUCCUUGAUCCUGUGUGUUUUCAUUUUAUGUAAAUUUCCAUUUGUCUCAAAACCUAUGAGAGUGCUAAGU